AUGACGGGUACUUUUAGACUACUGGUUACGAGUGUGACACUCGCGCUGUCUCUCUCACUCCUCACGUCCCAAUCGUCCGCCCCUUCAAACGAUCGAAAGUGCGACCUGCACUGGGACGCCGUGUCCGAGUUCCCCGGGGCGGAGCGCCAGGGCGCCAUCCUGCAGGCGCUGUCCUUCGGCACCCUCAACGUCAGCCAGCCGCGCAGCGAGUGCGUCUGGCGCCGCCUGCAGGACACGCAGGACGUGUGCCCCGACGGCGACCUCAGCGUGCACCUCUACACCAGCCCCAACUCGUCGCGGCUGGUGAACGUGUCCGAGGCCAACAGCCUGCUGCAGGGCGACUGGGACUCCGAGAAGCACACCAUCGUGCUGGUGCACGGCUACGCCAGCGCCCACGACACCCUGCCCAUGACGAUCCUGCGAGACGCGUACCUGGAGUCCGGCAACUACAACCUGCUGGUGGUGGACUGGUCCCCGCUGGUGAGGAUGCCGUGCUACCCGGCCGCCGUGCACAACGCGCCCCUGGCCGCGCGCUGCGUGGGCGGCGUGGCCCGCCUGCUGCGCGACUCGGGCGCGCGCGGCGACGCCUGGACCUGCGUGGGCCACUCGCUGGGCGCGCACGUCUGCGGCAUCAUGGCGGACAGCGUCAUGUUCCGCGUGCACAAGAUCAUCGGACUGGACCCGGCGCGGCCGCUGAUCCGGCCGCAGAACAAGCACCGCCUGGACGCGGGCGACGCGAGCGUGGUGCACGUGAUGCACACCAACGCGGGCCACUACGGCGAGCUGGCGCAGAACGGCGGACUUCUGCUCACGCGGCCGACGCAGCCCUUCUGCACGCGUGCACAAAACACGAACCUGUGCAGCCACCUGUCGUCCAUCUGCUUUCUGGCCGACUCCAUCGACGGCCAGAGCCCCCUGGAGGCCGAGCCGUGCGGCAGGCGGUGCCCCAGCGCCCGGCGCGCGCAGACCUCGCACGCACAGACCAUGGGGCUGCCCGCAUCCCUGGGCCAGCACACCCCGGACAGUGCCUCCGGGACGUUCUGCGCGAGCACUGCGGUGGAGCCGUACUGCCAGAGGGAGCCUGGUGGCCGCGGACACCCCAGGUGCUGCCCGCCGCGGCACGCGUCCGAGACCACGACGGCGGCCUCCUCGUCGACCACCAGCACGGCAGCGCCGACCGCCGCCACGACCACCAGCACGGCCAGCACGGUGGCGACUGAGGCGCCCACCACCGCGGCCCCCACCACCCCCAGCGUGUACAAGGUGGGCGCCGCCCUGCCCACCACGACCACCGAGAAGCAGCCCGAGCCCACCACCGAGCCGCCGCCGUCGCAAGGGUUCUCGCCCGUCACCGCCCCCGUCAGAGCUCAAGGACGUCCCGUCGGCGAAGCCUCCACCGCCGUGACCAGCCCGGCGACCAGCACCACGCCAGUCGCCACCACCGUUCUGCCCGUCAGGUUCCCGUCGACGCCCGUGCCCGCCGAGGACGCGGCCGCCCCCAGUGACCCCCAGGUCCCCGAGGGGAUGCUUCCGCCGCCGAUGCCGCUGCCGGACUGGAAGCCCAUCGUGUUCCGGUGGACGCCGCCACCGGUGACGGUGCAGUCCGGGGCGAGUGACGUGCUGCCCGUGAGGUGGCCGUCGGCGACACCGGGACCUCUGCACGUGACGCCCGGGGUGCACGUCGUCAUGCCCUCCAACGACACCUCACUGUAUGAGGACCCCGUCGUGACGGAGGGCCCCGUCUUCACGGUGUACUCCACGAGGACGCCGCUGUCGGCGCCGCCCUCCCCCAACCCCGUGGUCGUGGUCAUGGCGGACUCCGGAAUCCAGCAGAAGCAGCAGCCGCACCACGACAUCAGAGACAACUUGAUCGAACCCUCGACGAACUAUUUCGAGACCACGCCAGCAGGGCCAGCAGGGCCAGCAGGGCCAGUCGCCAUGGACCAGGAGAUGGUGGCCAUGAUGCAGAUGAACCCGCCGCCACCCGAGCCGGUCCUGGUGACGGGGUUCCCGUCGCCGUCGCCGCCGCCCCCGGAGCCCGCCACGCCGGAGGAGCCGGGGAUGAUCCCGGCCGCGGGGUCGCCGACGGGCGCGUGGCUGCCCAUGGUCAUGCUGCCCCCCAUGCCCUUCUCCGUGGACGCCUGGGCCCUGCGCUACAAGGACAGGCUGCCCAGGCCGUCGGCAGUGCGCAGGACCAGCUAUCGGAAGAAGGUCUACGACUAGGUCUACGACCAACACGGCCAGGGCUCUGGCCCUUACCCACGAACCGAGAACGCGCGAUCUAUCAUGACGGCCAAGAUUCUGGUUCGCCGAACGAGGCACGACUGACUUCCCUCUGCCAUGCUGUUACCAAAAAAUAAGUCUAUUUAUUUCUCGUGUAGCCCCGUAUUUAUGUAAGUAGGUCUAAGAUACUAUGUUCUGAAAUAAAU